AUGGAGGAAAUUCAAUAUGAUCGGUUUGGAUUCUUGGGGAUGCCCACGACACUCCCAGACCGCAUCCCCGCGAAGCCAGCGGCCGACGUGGCUCGGAUUUUGGAUCAUGCGAAAGUUCCCAACGUCCUCUGGGGCUGGCUCGCCGUUGGGCUGGUCGGACUCGACCACCGGUUUCCUCAAGUUGAUUUCGUGGUCCCGGAUGACAAGAUUGAGGCGGCUAAAGAGGCUCUGAUUGCUGGCGGAUUCACUCUCUGUAUAGACCAGGACUGCGCGGAACAAAAGGAGGAUCGGGUUGCUCCAGAUUCGGUUGAUCUUCAUGGACCGUUGGGUUUAAACGAGAUGAAUACUCUGGGCGCAAGGAACCGGUUUCAUCCCAUUGCCGACAUCCACUUCCACCUUGAGCCGUCAAAGUAUGAGUACUAUAACGUGCUAUCCCUGUUCAUCCAGUCUAAGACUCUCUGGAGCGGGUGGUGGCCCGACUUGGUUCUCACAGAUGCUUGCACGGACGCGAAAUGCCCUGAUACUGAACGGUUUCCAGCUGAUCAUCCUCAUUUCAUGCUUUCAAGUGAUAUCGACCUGUACAAGUGCGAGGAUGGAUCGGGGCCAUGGGCGGAAGAGUUGUACGCCGUGAAGACCCUAAAGCCUAGCUUGUUGGUCGAGGCCCUGAUCUACCUCUUUUGCCGCGAUUGGGGCCAUAUCAAGUCAGUGGAUGAAGGCUGGCAGGACAUGAUUCUCCUCGGGUUGGUUAGGGUCAAAAGGGAUGACCAAGCUCGGUUCAUCGAAAAGGAUCUCAACCCCGUGCUUCAGCCGCUGUGGAACAACCUUAAUUGUCGUACUCGGAAACCCGAGGGUGUAAAUAAGUGGGAUAUCAUAAGGGAAUUUCGUCAGAGCCUCAUUGACAACAAUCGGAUGCCACCUCUGCCGCCUAUCGAUUUGACCUAUAGGUGA